AUGUCUUCUAGGCUUCUAGCUACUGGAACUUUAAACAAUGAGGAGCAAGAUGAGUCAAAGGAUGAAGAAUGCAUUAGUAAGUCUGCAGUGGUUGGGCCACAGACGCCAUUGCCUUCGAUGAAAAAGCGUGUUUCACGUAGAGGAGGCUCCCUGACCAACAAACAAAGCCGAUCAAUAUCAAAAGCUGUGAUUAAUCUCGAGGAAGAUAAGUUACGAAAAAUUUCAGAAUUAGCUGAGAAAUCAGUCUAUUUCACCCGCUCAAUCAAUCAACAAGUGUCGAAUGCAUUUAAAUUGGUUGAAGUUCAAGGAGCGAGUAGUAAAAGUGCUCAACUGAAAGGGCAUGGCCGAAGGGUCUCUAUUGAUGGUAAGAAAAGGCCAUAUCAGAAAAACUUCAAGGAGACAAACAGAGCAUGGAAAGAGUUACUGAAGAAAGCUAUUGCUGAAAGUUGCGAGAUAUUGAUGGAAAAAGAUGAGAGUGUUUUAGUGGAUGAUGAAUUGCAGCUUUUCCAUGAAAAGGUGCAUUCAUUCGCAAGUAAAGUUGGCACCAUUCAGGGGAAAAGAGUAUACUUUCCAUGGAAAGGAUCAGUUUUGGACUCGGUUAUUGGUGCAUUUUUGAGUCAGAGGGUCAGUGACAACUAUUCGAGUUCGGCUUUUAUGUCACUUGGUGUGAGCUUUCCCCAGUAUCGUGAUUGUGAUACUUAUAGCCGGCACCAUAGAAUGCUGAGAGAAAAGAGAUCAAUAGGUGGCUUUUCUUGCCAAAAGCAGGAUUUGAAGGGGGGACAUUUAAAGUUGGGGCCUGAAAGCCAGAAACCAUUAGAUGAGAAGAAAAAGGAGACCUUGAGAAAAGGAAAGGCUGCAAUUAUGGAAAAAAUUAAGCCUGAUUGGGACACCUUGAAGACACAAUAUUCUAGCAACACGGAGAUAGAAAGAAGCAUUGAUGCAUUAGACUAUGUUGACUGGCAUGCUGUCAGGCGAGCAGAUAUGGUGGAUAUAUCCAAUGCUAUUGAAUUGAGAGGCAUGAACAAGAAACUAGCUAAGCGCAUCAAGGUAUGUUAAUUUAGUUCUUAAAAUACCUGAGUUUUUAUUUAUCAGAAAAGUAACUAUAUAAAUGUCUACUUCUGUUA